AAAUAAGGUUAAGGUUGGAUCCAAACCCUACCCAUUGUUACCCCUAACACACCUGACUCUUUUCCCAGCUCCGAGGUCUGUUUCCAGUAAUUGGUCUUCUAACUUUGAACACUGACUGUCGCUGUCCUCUGUAUUAUUUUCCAGGUCCUCAUGUCGAAAAGCACCCCCUUCAAUGCCAUAGUCAACCUGUUUGCAUACCCUCCUUCUACUUCUCAGGAUAAGACACUGGCCACCAUCAUCAGAUCCCAGGUCAAGCAGGGCACCGGUGUCGUCACUUAUCUUUAGGUGCCCGCGGCCCUCCGGAAUGCAUCCCUCAAGCACCGUGACCCCUCCUUCCUCGACCCCCUCAUCAACUUCAUCACUCCCGCCGCCACCGACAACCUGGCCUUUCGCCACCCCAGCCGUCUCAAGCUCAGCCCUGGCUGCUAGUAACUCUGCUUCGCCACCUACUGCACUUCCAUCAUCGUCGACAGCAUCGUUCUCCUCGGUUUGGAUCCGGUCAUCCCCACCGCGAGGAACCCAUCCCCCUUGGUCCACGACGAGUUCGUUUCCGUUAAUCUAGGGACCUUUGCUGUGAUGCAAAUGGAGUCAUAGUGGUCAGGGGACUUAAACCUAUGAAUGACGAGACUGAAGGUGGUUCAUGGAGGAAUCAUUCCUCUUCUGCGUGGCGGAGUCACUCAUAACUAAGCUACCAAGAGUUGAAGAAGACGACUCUGCCUCUGUUGUUCAUCAAAGCUAUCACCGGUUGGAGAGCAUUGGCCCAAGAUAUCCGACAUCAAGCAUGUUUCCGUUGAAUACAAAUUACAAGCCAAGGUAAAGGUUGACGUGCCUUUCUUAUUUUCCAUCUCUUAGGCCUUCAUGUUAGACUUUGCUAGAUUGUUGUGUAGCCUAUUUAGUAUUGACAAUGGUUUCUGAAUUUGGACCUCUUGAUUGACUUCAAAUCUUUUUUGUUUUUUGUUUUUUGUUUUUAUGUUUUUUUUUUCUAUUUUGGAAGAAUACGUUGAUUGAUAUAAUAAUAUUUAAAGUAAGCAACUAGAGGUGAUAGGGCAUUCAUAAGCGCACCACAGACCAAAUAUUUAUUGUAGCACCGUUCACUAACAACCCACCAAUAUUGAUCAAUUUUGAAAAUAUGAAAGAACAGGGCAUAAUAGAAAGAAAGAGUGGCUCAGUGGUUGUGUGUGUAAUAUCCUUCAUGGAUCAUAUCCUUUAUUUUUCUUCCAUCCGUCCCAUCUACUUUCCAUCUCCAUUAUUGGUAUUACUUUUUCUUUUUGUUUCUCAAAUUUUCUCAAUACAAUCUACUGUUGAUGCCAAGAAAAAGCAGAACACAACCUUACUUUUACUAGAUUAGAUACCAAACUUAUCCAAUCUGGAAUCUGGAUGACCCGAGCAUCCAAUGCACUAAAAUAAAAAACAGCAUCUUUUGCACGCAUUGGCGGGGUAUCAUUAUCAAUGUUAUUCUAUCCGCCUCAUCCACUUGCAUUUGUCGGAAUAUCAUUUAGGAAAGUAACCCAACUUUUGAAUAUCUAGAGUUGAGUCUUCAACACAUUGAUUACGAGUGUUCUUUUGAUUUCUGAAUUAUUGCAUUGCUAUCUCUCUUCUCUUCUUCAUGAUUUUGUGCUAAGUGACAACCAUGGCAGAAUCAUUCAUCUUCAGCAUCGCUGAAUCACUGACAACGAAGAUUGCUUCUCGUGCAUACGAAGAAGCGUCUCAGGUGGUUGGUGUCUACGAUGUCCUCCAAGACUUGAAAAGCAGUCUCUCAUAUGUGAAAGCUGUGCUGUUGGACGCGGAGCAGAAGCAGGAGCAGAACCACGAACUGCGGGAGUGGCUGAAGCAGAUCAAACUCAUCUUCUAUGAUGCUGAGAACUUGCUUGAUCAAGUUGACUGUGAAACACUGCGCAAGCGAGUCGUCAGAGACUAUGGCACUCCCAAGGACAAGGUAGGCCGCUUCUUCUCGAGUUCUAAUCCACUUGUGUUUCGUUAUAAGCUUGCUCUUCAGAUCAAAGAUAUUAGGAAGAGAUUAGACAGAGUCGCGGCUGAUAGGGAUAAGUUUGGGCUUCAAGUAAUUGAUGUUGAUAGGCGAGUUGUGCAUAGCAGGGAAAUGACUUACUCCCAUGUUGUUGAGUCUGAUGUCAUAGGACGUGCUCAUGAUAAAGAAAUGAUUGUAAAGCUCUUGAUGGAACCGAGUCUUGACAACAAUGGUGACUCCAAACAUAUCUCCGUCAUUCCCAUUGUGGGAAUUGGAGGUUUGGGAAAAACCACUCUUGCUAAGCUUGUCUUCAACGACGAAAGGAUAAGAGAGUCUUUUCCGUUGAAAAUGUGGGUGUGUGUGUCUGAUGACUUUGAUAUCAAGCAAUUGAUUAUUAAAAUCAUCAAUGCUAUUACUGUUAGCGGUACUACUUCUGCUGAUGCUCUCGUGCCCCAACAAACCUUGAGAGACAUGGACAUUGAACAAUUGCAAUAUCUUCUUAGAAACAGGCUAACUGGUCAAAAAUUCUUGCUUGUCUUGGAUGAUGUAUGGAGUGAAGAUCGUGCCAAAUGGAUUGAACUUAGAAGUCUCAUCAGAGCCGGUGGUGAUGGAAGUAAAAUUGUAGUGACAACACGUAGUCAUUCUAUUGCUUCUAUGAUGGGUACCGUUCCUUCUCACGAUUUAGAAUGCCUUUCUUUGGAAGAUUCCUUAUCUUUGUUCAUUAAAUGGGCUUUUAAAGAAGGAGAAGAGGAAAAGCACCCUAAUUUAGUCACAAUUGGAAAAGAAAUUGUGAGGAAGUGUAGAGGAGUUCCUUUGGCAAUAAGAACAUUGGCAAGUUUACUAUUUUCAAAAUAUGACAUAAAUGUUUGGGAAUCACUUAGAGAUGAUGAGAUUUGGAAUUUACCACAGAAAAAGGAUGACAUCUUACCUGCACUAAAAUUAAGUUAUGAUCAAAUGCCAUCCUAUUUGAGGAAAUGUUUUGCUAUGUUCUCACUUUUUCCAAAGGAUUUUGAUUUUCAGACUCGUCAUGUUCUUUCACUUUGGAGUGCACUAGAUUUGCUUCCAUCACCAAGCAAAAAUGAAACUUCAUUAGAUGUUGCAAAUCGAUAUUUAAGUGAAUUAAUUUCGAGAUCUUUUCUUGAAAAUGUUUGUGACUUAGGCACAUACUAUUACUUUAAUAUACAUGAUUUAGUGCAUGAUCUUGCACUAUAUGUUGCAAAAGAUGAAUGCCUAGUAAUUAGUUCUGAGAGUCAAAAUAUACCAAAAAAUGUUCUCCAUAUAUCGUUUUUUGAAUUUGAUAUGUUUCUCAAAUCCUUCAAACCAAGUUUGUUAGGUGUGAGAACCAUUGCAGUUCCAACUGAAGAACAUAUAGGUAUAGGAGACAAUAAUGAAGAUUUGUUCCCUACAUGGGUGUUAAAUUGCAAAUACUUGCGAUAUUUGGAUCUAGCUGAUUCUACAUUUGAGAUUCUACCUCGAUCAAUCAGCAAGUUGAAACAUUUAAGAUAUCUUUCACUCAGGGAUAACGGAAGAGUAAAGAAACUCCCUGCGUCUAUUUGCAACCUCCAAAAUUUGGAAGAGUUGAAUCUUAGUGGUUGUGUGGAGCUCCAAACUUUGCCAGAAAAGUUACGAAACUUGAUCAAUCUGCGAAGAAUAUCGAUAACCACAAAGCAAUUUGUCUUGCCAGAGGAUGACCUUGCAAAUUUGUGUUUGCUUGAACAUUUACAUAUUUAUGAAUGUGACAACCUGGAAUCCACGUUUGUAGGGGUAAAGUUGCCUACCCUUCGAUUUUUGUGGAUUAUGAGGUGUAAGAAUUUGAAGUCUUUGCCACUUGACAAACACCAUUUUCCUCAAUUAGAGCAAUUCGUUGUCGAUGAAUGUGUAAAGUUUGAAUUGUCAGAUGGACACGAGGACAUGAACUCUGUCUUGAGGUUGAAGACACUUUUCUUUUGCAUGAUGGUGAACUUCCCUCCUUCUCUCCACGGAUAUGCAAACACAUUACAAACUUUGGUAUUUUUAAGGUGCUAUGAAUUGGAGGCGCUUCCUGAAUGGCUGUUGAACAUGACUUCUUUGAAAUUUCUUCAUAUCUGGAGUUGUCCAAGGUUGUUGUCUCUCCCUAGUGGCAUCCACUGUCUUAAAGCCCUUGAAGUUUUGGGAAUCCAACGUUGCCCUAGAUUGUACAGAAAGUACCAGCCACAUGUUGGAGAGUAUUGGCACCAAAUAUCCCACAUCAAGCAUAUUCAAAUCUUGCAAUAGCCGGAGAUGGUGGAUUGAUCUCUAGUGGAAGAGGAUUGCUAUACAACCAUGAGUCCAUGACGGAUGUUUAUGAAGUAUCUUUCAUUUUUUCCAGUUCCCAUAAUGUAUGAUGUUCUUGUUUCA